CCUUUCAUUCACUUCACUCCUUCCUUACAAAUCACAAACACAAAGUCUCAUUCACUUUGAUCUCCAAUUUUUUUCAGAAACCCAAGAAUCAAGUCAAAUUUGGGUUUCAUUUCUCUCUCUCUCUCUCCCAAUCACACUGAUAGAACCUGCUAGCUAGGUUUGGUUACUCCAAUCUCCCUCUGCUUUUCUUCACCUUUUCUGUUUUGUCCACGCAUUCCAACAUUAAAAAAAUUGGUCCCCGUUCAUUUAUAUAUGCAAUAUCUGGUUCAACAGUAAAAGGGUCUUUAAAUUUUAUUUAUAUAUAGUAUCAGAGUAGCCUCUGAGGAAGUCUGAACCAAGAGAAAGAUAACACAGGCCAACUUGGAAUACCAAAACCAAAAAAAGCCUCAAAUUUUGAGUGAGUGAGUUCUUUCUUUUUCCUUCUUUCUCUGUUCUUUCCUGCUUUUGCGGCUUCUCGCCGCCUUUGCCGUUUGGUUCUGCCUUUUUUCUGCGCCAAUUAGUGGCGCGCAUUAAAGCGGUGCGUCUUUUAUUAUAUAUAAAACUCUCCCCAGUUUUCAAGUUCCACUACUCAGCAGCACAGCAGCAACAACAACAAUAACAAGCAGAGUCAUAGAGAGAUAAAGGGGCUGCUUAAAUUUUCAGCCUUUUGGAGAAAGAGACAUUACUCACAUACUCACUCACCACCGAGAUCCAUUUUUUUGCGAAGAAAGUUGAAGAAAAAAAUGGAAACAAUGUUGCCUCCGAACCAAGCAGAGGAAGCAAUAGUCACAACAAGCCUUAACGAGACAGAGAGUGAAGUUGGUAUGAGGGAAGAAGAGAAGGAGUUGCAACAACAAGAUCACUCCAUGUUCAACAUCAAGAGCUUCCUCUGGCAUGGAGGCUCUGUUUGGGACGCAUGGUUCAGCUGUGCUUCAAAUCAAGUGGCUCAAGUGCUGUUGACACUGCCCUAUUCUUUCUCUCAACUGGGCAUGCUAUCAGGAAUCUUGCUUCAGAUUUUCUAUGGAAUCUUGGGAAGUUGGACAGCGUAUCUAAUCAGUGUCCUCUACAUGGAGUACCGUACCAGAAAGGAAAAAGAAAAUGUCAGUUUCAAGAACCAUGUCAUUCAGUGGUUUGAAGUGCUUGAUGGGUUACUGGGUCCGUAUUGGAAAGCGGUGGGGUUAGCCUUCAACUGUACUUUCCUCCUCUUUGGAUCUGUGAUUCAGCUUAUAGCAUGUGCAAGUAACAUCUACUACAUAAAUGACCACUUGGAUAAACGAACUUGGACUUAUAUCUUUGGAGCUUGCUGUGCCACCUCUGUGUUCAUACCUUCUUUUCACAAUUACCGUAUUUGGUCUUUUCUGGGACUUGGAAUGACCACUUACACUGCUUGGUACUUGGCAAUAGCAGCCCUUAUUCAUGGCCAGGCAGAAAAUGUGACACACACGGGUCCAACGAAGCUAGUGCUGUACUUCACAGGAGCCACCAACAUACUGUACACGUUUGGUGGACAUGCAGUUACUGUAGAGAUUAUGCACGCCAUGUGGAAGCCACAGAAGUUCAAGUACAUAUACUUGCUGGCCACUUUGUACGUUUUCACACUAACGAUUCCUUCUGCUGCUGCCGUUUACUGGGCUUUUGGUGAUGAACUUCUCAAUCAUUCCAAUGCAUUCUCUCUCCUCCCCAAAAAUCGAUUUCGUGAUGCUGCUGUAAUCCUCAUGCUCAUUCACCAGUUCAUCACAUUCGGUUUUGCCAGUACUCCACUGUACUUUGUCUGGGAGAAGGUAAUUGGGAUGCAUGACACAAAGAGCAUUUGCAUAAGGGCACUAGCAAGGUUGCCAGUGGUGAUACCCAUAUGGUUUUUGGCCAUAAUCUUCCCUUUCUUUGGGCCCAUAAACUCUGCAGUUGGAGCUCUUCUCGUUAGUUUCACAGUCUACAUCAUCCCCGCCACAGCUCAUAUGCUCACUUACAGAAAAGCCUCAGCAAGACAGAAUGCUGCUGAGAAGCCUCCUUUCUUUAUGCCAAGCUGGACUGCAAUGUAUGUCUUUAAUGCAUUCAUUGUGGUGUGGGUUUUGGUGGUUGGGUUUGGGUUUGGAGGAUGGGCCAGCAUGACCAACUUCAUUAGGCAAAUUGACACAUUUGGGCUCUUUGCCAAGUGCUACCAAUGCAAGGCCCCAACUCCACCACCCAUGGCAGCAGCACCACCCCCUCAUGCUCAACAUCAUCACUGAGUAGUACAACUCACUCAUGACUCACCACUUCAACAACAUAAUAGAGUUCAGCUGAAAUCAUAGUUUCAUUAAUAUUUUGUAUCAUACAUGGGCAAUCUUAGUAACACUCCCCUUUAAUUUGAUGUGUGCCGGUUGUGUUUUGCUGCAAUUUUCUUUUCUUUUUCUUUUUUCUCUUGUUACACUAUAUAGGUUUUCCUUUUCUUUUUCCCUUUAAGAUUAGUUGAUUAAAAUUUUAAAAAAAAUAGUGUGGUCACUGGGUAUGAUUCCUUUGCUAUAAAUGCAUCGGCUAAUUAAAUUGCUUAUGUUUUGGUAUCUUCCCCCAUUUUUUGUUUUGGUUUGGAAUUUGAUAGUAUGAGACCUUGUUUCAAAUUUCUUUGUAUUCAUAGAUUCUAUCCCAUUAUAACUUUGCAUAUUUCCAAAAUAUGCCACUUUAAUCCUACACUUCAAUUCAAUCUUAUAAAUAGAGCGUGGACCCGUUGCAUAUUCA